CGUGGUUAUAAUGUUAAAGAUGUCUUCCAAGUGAUAUCUUCAUGUAUCUUGGUCGAUGGUAACGCAUAUCUGUGCUCCUAUGGCAUGGAAGCCUACACUACAUUUUGAAUGUCCCCCUCCUCCUCCACCUCCACCCGUCAGAGGGACUAGGAGGGGGAGGAAAGUUGUUACUCCGCCAGUAAUUCAAGUUAAAGUCUUAAACCAUCAGGAAAAUGGACCUUCUAAUGGCUCAAAUACUGUUAAUUGGGUUAGUCCCCAGUUUGAUGGAGUUGAUGAUAUAUUUGUUAAAAGAAAGAAAACCAGAACUCGCUCCACCCUCCCUCCUCGGGCACUCUUCAAACAACCGACCAAUAGCGAGGACAGUUGUCAUGGUAAUCCUAAACAACGAGCAGUUCUUGAAUUUGUAGCAGUCCCUCAUCAAUUACCCGAAGCCACACCCACAAGUGACCCGCCCAUUGAUGAAAAUGUUGACGUUAUUAAUUCUCCAUCAACUAGAGGUAGAACAGAAACUCAAGACGAAACCAUUUUUAAUCCUUUGACCACCUCCACACCAUCCAAUGAUGGGAACAGUUUGUUAUGUAAUUCUACGAUUUUAGCUGAGGACACACCCACUUAUUUAUACGAGGCUCACCCAUAUCACUGAUUAGUUGAUUGUGAUUCAAAAUCAAACGAUAACUUAAAAUGUGUGUCCUGAAAGUAAUCAACAAAAAACAAUAAUUGAGCUUAAUGACUAUUGAGUUUAGCA